UCAAUAUCGUUUCGGAAUUUAAAUCAAACAAAUAUGCUAAGCGGAUCAAAAUCCCGCAUGAAAUCUUUAUCUGUCAUCUUUGAUUUGUUUUUGAUCAAUGAAAUCAAUGAAUUUUUUUUUUUGUUAUCAGAAAUAUGUUUUGAAUUUGACACACUGAUUUAGAAAUAGUUGAGUUAAAUUCCCGUUAUCUGACCUUAUCAGUUAUUCCAGUAUCCAUCACUGACAGACAAGCAAUAACAAAGGCGGUGAAGGUAUGUUUGACGUCUCAAUGGUUGACUUCAAAUAAUAUUGAGCAUGCCGUGACUAAGUCAAUGCUGUUAUUGUUCCAAAAUCUCUCCAAUUAAGCUGCGUUAAGCUCCACUGUAAACUGAACACGCUUGCAAAAAGCAACCAUGAGUCGUCCCUCAGGAAUUGCUGAUUCCAACGGCGCAAUCGACGGCGGGGUCGAUUCCUCUGGAGUAGUUCUGAAAGAGUUUCGGAAAAAUACUGACGAGGGUCAAGAAGUAACCGACAGUUCGACUACAGAUAAACUGAAUAGCGUUUGCUCAAGAAGGAUCUGUAUUAUUGCAAAGCUUCAAUCUGUAUUCUUCCCGAUGAAGCUGUUUGGCUUGUACUUCGAAGACGUAAGGAAUCCUUGUGAAGGAGACUUUUCAAAUCGAAAAAUGUCGAUUUUUGGAAAGCGUUUUUAUCAAUGCCUCGUGUUGCUCGUCUUAUGGCUUAACUUCAGCAAGACUUUGGCUUCGUUUUGGGUCGGUAGCUACCGCGACUCUGGCAGUCUUCAACUGCUAGCACCGUUCCUAUGGUUUCUACAGACCGCUUUGCAAGCUUCAAUUUGUUUCAAGACUAUGCACAUGACAACUAAAAAGUCCAGUUUGAAAAGCUUGUUGAUGUACUGGAAUUCUCAGCCGAACUUUGACGAGUUAGUGGUCGAGUCAUGCAUGAUAAGGUACAUUAAACGAACGCUUAUGGCAGCAUAUUUCCUGAUGACAUUAAAUCUUGUGCUUUACGCUGUUGUUCUGUUCGUUCCUUCAGAAUCCGUCCAACCUCUCGCACAAGCAUUGGUAUCCCCCCUCCCCAUUAGCAGCACAGCCGCUAAGACAGUUUGCUUCGUUGUUUUUAUUUACUGUUCUGCCGCGUGGUUGAUGCCUUUUGCUAUCUUUUCCGCCGUGUGCCUGACCUUGAUUCAUCAAUGUUAUCGCCUGAGAAAGACUUUGCGCCUGACUGCGUCUGCCGAUGGAUUGCCCAGAGUCAAGAUUCUAAGGCAGCAGCAUUCGUCGCUAUGUGGGUCUGUGAGGAAGGUGGACAACUUGUUCAAGUUCUUGACUCUUACUGUUUAUGUCACGAACAUUCCUCUGGUCUGCUUUCUGUUCUACAAUUUGAUAUUCGUCAAAACUAACAGCGUGACGACUCAAGUAACUUUAGCAUUUUGGUUUGUAACCGUUUCAUUCAUGAUGGCGGGCGUGUCUUUCCUUGGGGCGCAGUUAAACAGCAGAAUUCAUUCCUUCACGGAGGUUGUUCAGAAAGUUCAGAUAUCCAAUGUUGAUCUGGAUACACAUACUGAGUUGAUGCUAUUCGUGGCAAAGUUAAAUGGAGACCCCGUUGCAAUUACCGCGGGAGGACUGGUACCCAUUACCAAAACGUUGAUUGUUACGGUAACUGGCGUGGUUAUCACAUAUUUCGCUCUGCUAUAUGAGCUGAGAUGAAAGUCACUUAACAUUUGCCAUCCCGCUGAAAGAACAUAAACGAGCUUUCACGAUCCGAGGAAACGAACUUUCCAAGUAAUAGUUGUGAAAAAACGAGAUGUCUCUGGAAUAUAAACUUCUUGUUUGCAAAUAAUCUUUUUUGUGUGCCAGAAUAGAAAAAUCUAAAACAAAGAAUUUUUAUAAACAUAGAUUGAGCAGAGAUAUUAUAGUCAAGAACGCAAAUUUUAAGAAACUAAGUUUAGCUAAAUUUUAUAUAUUACUUUAUCUUCCAAAACAAAAGACUGAUCAAAAGGCCCUUUUGGAAAACUGAAUCACGGGUAACACGACAUUUGUUGAUAGGUUAGUAUGAAGUCUUUACUCAUAUUUGAAAACUCGACCUAGUCUAAACAAUGUGUGACUUGCUUUAUAACAAUACUAUGAUCAAGAAGUGUCGAGAACUGGAUACUGUAUAUCAGCUACAUUUUGUCAAAAGCUGAGAAUAUGAAACGAUAAGAGAGGCUUUCAAUUUACUGUUAGAUUUCUGGAACCAAUUCUAAGAUCUUCUAAUGUGUCGUAUACGCUGCUGUUUAAAUAAACAUUUGAAUAAGUUUAUAGUAGCACUGUCCGUUGUGUGUAUUCAUGGUGAUUGUGAAACUAUUUUUUUUACGCUAGAUAAAUGUGACAAAUCAACUAGA